GACCCUCCCCCCUCUCCCUCGGAGAACAAGAGUGCCAUUUCAAAGCUUAUUGGAUGAAAGUCUCAUUUGCCCUCGGCUGCCAAAGAUGACGUUGCUAUGGAAACAGUUUCUGCUGUUAUCAAUCAUUGACUGUCUGGCAGAUUGUCUAGACAGCGGAUCAUAUCACGGUCCAAGAUGGAGGAUGGAGCCAGGUGACUUGUUCAUUCCUGUGGACUCCAUAGAAGAAGAGGCCACUCUGACUUGUGACGCUAAGGGAACGCCUCCUCCCCUGUACAGAUGGUCACUGAAUGGGACCCUCAUAAAUCUGGGCCAGGAUCCCCGGCGGCGACUGUCUGGGGGCAACCUCAUUAUAAGCAGCCUGGACCGCCAGCAGGAUGUGGGGGUGUUCCAGUGCAUGGCCUACAACACUGUAGGAGCCAUCCUCAGCCGGAGGGCCAGUCUGCAGUUUGCCUACUUAGAUCAUUUCAAAGUCCACACCAGAAGCGCAGUGUCAGUCCGAGAGGGACAAGGAGUGGUGCUACUUUGUGGAACGCCCACAUCCUCAGGAGACCUUUCUUAUGCAUGGAUCUUCAACGAGUACCCAUACUUUGUUCAGCAAGACAAUCGGCGUUUCGUGUCGCAGCAGACGGGAAACCUUUACAUCUCCAAGGUGGAGCCCUCUGACGUGGGUAACUACACUUGCGUAGUGAUGAACAGCGUCACAAAGGGCAAAGUUCACAGCUCACCUACGUCUCUGAUCCUCAGGACAGACGGAGUGAUGGGUGAAUACGAGCCAAAAAUAGAAGUUCAUUUCCCAGACAAUGUACCCGCCGCCAAAGGAUCAACAGUUACACUGGAGUGUUUCGCCCUUGGGAACCCCGUCCCAGAGAUCACCUGGAAGAGGGCGAACGGCGUGCCCUUCCCCAGCAAAGUCAAGAUGAAGUACUCCAAUGCCGUGCUGGAGAUCCCCAGCUUCCAGCAGGACGACGCCGGAGGGUACGAGUGCUUGGCCGAGAACAAGAUGGGGAAGAACACAGCCACUGGUCGACUGGCUUUUUAUGCCAAGCCUCAGUGGAUCCAGACCAUGAAGGACACGGCCCUGGCCAUAGAGGAGAGGCUGUACUGGGAGUGUCGAGCCAAUGGCAAGCCCAAGCCCUCCUACACGUGGCUGAAGAACGGCCAGCAGCUUCUCUCCGAGGGCAGGAUCCACGUGGAGGACGGAUUCCUGUCAGUGUCCGCGCUGACACUGUCUGACGCCGGCAUGUACCAGUGUGUGGCUGAGAAUAAACACGGUGUCAUAUAUUUCGCUGCUGAGCUGAUGGUUUUAGCUUCUCCUCCAGACUUCACAGGGAACGUCCUCAGAGCUUUGCUCAAAGCCAAGGCAGGAAGUACAGUGACUUUAGAGUGUAAACCUCAGGCCUAUCCCAUCGCCAGCAUCUUAUGGAAGAAAGGAAACCUGCCUAUCCACACCAACGACAGGAUCACACUCUCUCCAGAUGGAACGCUGAGGCUCGCCAACGUGAGCAAGUCGGACGCGGGCAGCUAUACGUGCUUCGCUCGGAAUAGAUUUGGCAUGUCGAGCACGACAGGACGGCUCCUCGUUACCGAUCCAACCAGAAUCCUCCAGGGGCCUGUGGACAUGGAGAUCAUCGUUGGCGAGAGCAUCGUGUUACCCUGUCAGGUCUCCAGUGACCCCGUCCUGGACGUCUCCUUCUCCUGGGCUUUCAACGGACAGCUCAUCGCCAAGGGAGACGGUCACUUUGAGCUUGUGGGUGGGCGCACAGCGGGAGAUCUGAUGAUUAGAAACAUUCAGCUUUACCACGCCGGCAAGUACAUCUGCGUGGUGGACACAGACGUGGAGAGCCUGUCAGCUGUGGCUGUAUUGAUUGUGAAAGGCCCCCCCAGCCCACCAGACUCUGUGACGGUGGAGGAGGUGACAGACAGCACAGCUCAGCUGACCUGGAGCCCAGGCAGAGACAACGGCAGCCCCAUCACCAAUUACCUCAUACAGACCAGGACCCCCUUCACUGUGGGCUGGCAGCGGGUGAACACAGUCCCUGAGAUCAUUUAUGGGAACACGCUGACAGCCACUGUGGUCGACCUCAAUGCCUGGGUGGAGUACGAGUUUCGGGUUUUGGCCAAGAACAGUGUUGGAGUCGGAGAACCCAGCCCUGUGUCCGUCAAGACCAGGACAGAGGACGCAGUCCCUGAUGCAGCUCCCGGUGACGUGGGCGGAGGAGGCGGAAGCAGAUCUGAACUGGUCAUCACAUGGGAGCCUGUCCCCGAAGAACUGCAGAAUGGUGAGAGCUUUGGUUACAUCAUUGCUUUCCGGGCCUUCGGAGAAGUCAGCUGGACCCACGUGGCCACCUCGGCCCCCGGCGCGGCGCGCUACGUGUACCGCAACGACAGCAUCCUGCCCUUCUCUCCGUUUCAGGUCAAGGUCGGAACCUACAACAGCAAAGGACAGGGUCCCUUCGGCCCUGUGGCCACCAUCUACUCUGCAGAGAUAGAGCCAAGUGGGAUGCCAGCAGGCGUUUGGGCCAGAAGUGUCUCAGCCUCGGAGAUUGAGGUGAAUUGGCAGGCGAUAUCCUUCACCCCUGAAAGAGUUCUGGGCUACGAGGUGGUUUACUGGGAGGACGACACUAAACCGGAGACCAUGGGGAAGGUCAGGGUGCCUUGGAACCAAACCUCGGUCACAGUGAGCGGCCUGGCUGGAGACACAAUGUAUUUCCUGACAGUCAGCGCCUUCAACACAGCGGGGACCGGCCCCUUCCUCCCUGCAAUCAAUGUUACCACAAAAAAGCCCCCACCAGCCCAGCCUCCACUCAACAUCGAAUGGACUCUAAUUGGCUCUCAGCUGUCUCUUUACUGGGAAGCUGUGGUGGCUAUGGAAUCAGAGUGUGAAGUCACGGGCUACCGGCUGUCAUACAAGAGGCAGAGACACAAAGAGGUAAACACACUCACAACAUCCAAUUGUACAGCAGAGCUGACCCUGCCCGAGGACGACGACGACUACAUCAUCCACAUUCAGACUCUGAGUGAAGGAGGGCUCGGCCCGGCCUCGGACCCUAUACGGAUCCACCAAUUAAGUAUGAGUGCCCGUGGCUCGAGAGCCUGGAGCCUGGACAUCUCGCCCCUCUCCCUGAUCCUCGCCCUCGCAAUAUCAACAUUCAGGUCGACGUCAUGACACAAUGAACGACUCUGCUAUUUUUCAAC